AUGGCUCUCAAUCCUUCCACUCUCCAAUCAUGGGAACUGGCAACCUCUUUGAGGUUUUGCAAGAGAAAACUAAGGUUGUCCAGCUCUUCUCAAUCAGAAGGUUCCUCUGGCAGCGUUCUUUCUUCAAUUACUAUCACCAGCAACUUAGUUUGCGGCAGGAGCAGUAGUGGUGGUGGUGUCUCCUCUAAAAUAGAUCCUAUUCCUGAAUUACAACAACCCAUUCAAGGAGAAGAUCCUCUCAAGUCGAUGAGCUAUUUGAUCAGUGUGGAUAAGAGUGGUUUCAACGCUCUCGUGUUAACUGUUAAAGACACUGAACAGGGAACAACGAAUGCUGCCUUGCAACUCUUGUCAUUCUUUAAACUGACGGUCUUGGAUAAGAGUAAGCAAUCUCAAUCGCAAACUUCGGGAGUCCCGCCAUUAAUCUUCCCCUCCACAGCUGGAAUUCUAAAAACCAUUCCCUUCACUAAUACUUCACUUCAAAACAUAAAAGCUGUGUUUGGAACAAAGGUUGUUGGUGGAGGAAAUAGCAAGGUCAUGUAUUAUUCGGUGAAUGGAGAUUCAGAGAUUGGACGUUUGACAGCCACUUGUUUUGUGGCAGAAGAACCCACCAUUAUGAAUAUCAAUCUCAUUCCUGGUACUUCCGCUGCUCAAGCCUUAAAUCCUAAUAAGAACAAUAUUCUAUUGUUACCAGAGAGUGUAUUGAUGAUUUUCAGUAUUGACAAUUUCAAUGUCAAACGUGUCAUGCAAUCUGUGAAUAUGAAUUCCGCUGAGAACUUGGAGCUUGUUGUGAGUGUUGAUCUCAAUGUGUAUGGAAUCUUGAACUUGGCUAGUUCCUCUUCUUCCUCACAACAACAAAAACAGCAAUCUGUUCCCGAUCUUCCUUACAAUCCAGAUGAGAAUCGCCACGUCUAUAGCAUUACCAGCCAAACUCCCACCGUUCCAAAGGGUUAUUUGACCAUUCCUGCAGCUGCUGCCUUUGGUGCCUAUUCAGGUAGUUCUGGUGGUGGUGCUGAGAUUAGUAAAUUCAUUACAACCACUCAAGUCACUGCAACCGUGCGUAUGAGGCAAACUGGUCAAUCUCAGAGUAGUAGUAGCAGUAGUAGCAGUGGUAGCAGCAGUAGUGGUGAAUCCGAGCAGCAACAAAGUACAAGAAGGGAUUACUCUCGUUUGGAUGUUCACAUUCCUUUGUCAUCUUUGACAGAGAGUGAAAUGUCUCAGGACAGUUUCAUCAUGUGGGGACCAGUGUAUUUGGGUCAUGUAGAACAACAGGGAAGUUCUUGUAGUUGUACUAGUUCUUCUCAACAACAACCUCAACAACCUCAACCACAGCCACAACAGUCACAACAACAACCUCAACAAUAA